UGGUGUAUAAAAUUCAACCACAGGCAGGGAUUUUGCACGUCUUAAUGUAAACGACAAGAGGACCUGAUUGGCUCGUUGUCCAGCUGACGUCACGACUUUCCAAAGUAGCGGAAGCUGAAAGUUUUUUUUCAGUUGUAAACUGAUCUGUGGCGUGAGUGAGUGAGUGGAUGAAGAGAAAAUGAACAGUCGCUGCUUCACAACGCGCGUUUCAGACAGUCAACCUAAACUGUUUUAACACGAACUGCACAUUUUCAAGGACUUGUUUCGCUCCUGAUCUAGUUUGACAAUGUGGGAGCAGGCGGAAUUUGAGAAGCACUGGAAGAAUGAGUUUCCCGACGGUGAAGUGCCCGUGAUGAACCUCCACUCGGCGGAGGACAUUGAGGCUGAGCUGGAGAAAUGCAAAGCCAACCUGAAGGUGUUACAGCAGGCUCUGUCGGAGGAGAAGUUCAAGGUGAUUUACUUGCAGACCACCAUCGCGCGGAAGAAGAAAAAAUGUGACAUUGAGAAAUGCUGGAACAAAGGUUUAAAGAAAGACAACGCUUGCGGGACAGAAAGCAGAGGCGGGGACGAGCCGUUCGCUCGGGACUUACUCCAGGGCAGCAAGACAGGUAAACCCAUCCUCGCUCCUCCUCGGAAGAAGCCCGAAGUCUUGCAGGAAAACUCACCGGCUCCUGACAUCCCUGAGAGCGUUGCUGAGCAACCGAACAACGAGCCGGACAGUGACCGCGAGUUCGAGGACGAGGAGCUCAACCAGAACUUUGUGCAGAAAAACCUGCUCGUCCCGAAGGGUAACGUCCGGGAGAGUCACCGGCGGAACCCCCGUGUCCGCAUUAGUCGGGAUAUGGACUCGGAUGAUGGCAGAUUCUCGCCUUAUCUGCGCGGGUCUCACGGCUCGGGGCGCAGCACACCUGACGGAUACCUGAGCUCAGACCACGACGACUCCUCCUCCGCAGACUUUAACUACAACACUGAUGGCUACGAGGGAGAUCCUGCGGAGGACAGGAAGUCUCAAGAUGGCUCAGAAACGAUGCCCUUUAUCGAUGAGUCGCCCACCAUGUCUCCUCAUCUCUGCGCUCGAGGACAAGAUGGAGAGGCCGUUUCUCCUACACCACCAGAAGGGCUGCUGUCUGGGGGAGACAUUGAGAAAGGUCUGGAGAUGAAGAAACUGGUUCUGUCUGGUUUUCUGGCCAGCGAGGAGAUCUAUAUUAACCAACUGGAGGCGUUGCUGCUGCCCAUGAAACCUCUUAAAGCGACAGCUACAACUUCGAAGCCAGUGCUGACAGUGGAACAGAUCGACACCAUUUUCUUCAUGAUCCAAGACAUCUUUGAGAUCCAUAAGGAGUUUUAUGAUGCUCUUUCUCCCCACAUUCAGCAGUGGGAUGAGAAGGUCACUGUGGGGCAUCUCUUCCAGAAACUGGCCAGUAAGCUCGGCGUGUACAAAGCCUUUGUGGACAAUUAUAAAUUGGCAGUGGGGAUGGUGGAGAAAUGCAGCCAAGCCAACAUUCAGUUUCAGAAGAUCUCUGAGAAUCUGAAAGUUAAAGGUCCUAAGGAAUCCAAGGACUGCACUGCAACCGCCACAAUGGAGGCUCUCCUCUACAAACCUAUUGACCGGGUUACUCGAAGCACUCUAGUCCUGCAUGACCUGUUGAAGCACACUCCUAAGGAUCAUCCCGAUUUCCCCUUACUGCAGGACGCUCUGAGAAUAUCCCAGAACUUCCUGUCCAGCAUCAAUGAAGAGAUCGACCCACGCAGGACUGCCGUGACCACACCAAAGGGAGAGGCUCGUCAGCUGGUGAAGGACGGCUUCCUGGUGGAGGUGUCGGAGGGAACGCGUAAACUCCGUCAUGUCUUCCUCUUCACAGACCUUCUGCUCUGCGCCAAGAUGAAAAAGACCGCAGUUGGGCGGCAUCAGCAGUAUGAGUGUAAAUGGUACAUUCCUCUGGCUGAUCUGAGCUUUCAGACACUGGACGAGUCGGAUUCUCUCCCGCACGUUCAGACGCUUGCCGAGCACGAGAUCGAGGAGAUGAAGAUCAAGAUAUCCUCCAUCAAGAGCGAGAUCCAGAAAGAGAAGAAAGCGCAGAAGGGUCAGAGCCGGAAUGUGGAUCGUCUCAGGAAGAAGAUGAACGAGCAGGAGUCUUGUUUGCUGUUAAACUCCCCCACCAUCCCAUUCCGCAUCCACAACAAACACGGCAAGAGCUACCUGUUCCUGCUGUCCUCAGAUUAUGAGAGGUCGGAAUGGAGGGAAAGCAUUCAGAAACUGCAGAAGAAAGACCUGCAGGCAUGUGUGUUGAGUUCAGUAGAGCUGCAAGUGUUAACCGGCUCAUGUUUUAAACUCAGAACUGUUCACAACAUCCCCGUCACCAGCAACAAAGAUGAUGAGGAAUCUCCUGGUCUGUACGGCUUCCUGCAUGUGAUUGUCCAUAAAGCCACAGGCUUCAAGGAAUCUGCCAAUCUGUACUGUACGCUGGAGGUGGACUCUUUCGGCUACUUUGUCAGCAAAGCCAAAACACGUGUGUUCAGAGACACAACAGAACCACAGUGGAACGAGGAGUUUGAAAUCGAGUUGGAGGGCUCACAGUGUCUGCGCAUCUUGUGCUACGAGAAGUGUUACGACAAAUCGAAACUCAACAAGGACGACAACGAGAUCGUGGACAAGAUCAUGGGCAAGGGUCAAGUACAGCUGGACCCACAGACGGUGCAGUCCAAAAACUGGCACAUGGAUGUCAUAGAAAUGAACGGGAUUAAAGUAGAGUUUUCGAUGAAGUUUACAAGCCGAGACUUGAGCUUGAAGCGGACGCCGUCUAAGAAACAGAGCGGCGUGUUUGGAGUCAAAAUCAGCGUGGUGACAAAACGCGAGCGCUCCAAGGUGCCUUAUAUUGUGCGGCAGUGCAUAGAGGAGGUGGAGAAGAGAGGGAUUGAUGAAGUGGGCAUUUACAGGAUCUCUGGAGUGGCCACAGACAUCCAGGCCCUCAAAGCUGCGUUUGACGCCAAUACCAAAGAUAUCCUGAUGAUGUUGAGUGAUAUGGACAUUAAUGCCAUAGCAGGGACGCUGAAACUGUAUUUCAGGGAACUGCCAGAACCUCUUCUCACGGAUCGGCUGUACCCGGCCUUCAUGGAGGGCAUUUCUUUAUCAGAUCCUGCAGCAAAAGAAAACUGCAUGAUGCAUCUGCUGCGCUCGCUGCCAGACCCAAACCUCAUCACAUUCCUCACCCUGCUGGAACACCUCAAGAGGGUGGCAGAGAAGGAGCCGAUCAACAAGAUGUCUCUGCACAAUCUGGCCACAGUGUUUGGUCCGACUCUCCUGAGGCCGUCAGAGUCCGAGAGCAGUAAAGCCCAAAUCACACUGGCCUCCGACAUCUGGUCUCAUGAUGUCAUGGCACAGGUUCAGGUAUUGCUGUAUUACCUGCAGCAUCCGCCCAUAUCCUUCGCUGAGCUGAAGAAGAACACACUCUACUUCUCCACUGACGUCUAACACACACACACGCCACGCCAUCCAGUUCUUCAGUACACAAGCAACGCCAUCAGCAAGAGACUGUGUUCAUGUGCAGCCCGGAGAAGAGCUGCGGCAAGAGGAGGACCACCUGAGAGAGCCCACCAUUCACCGUCAACACAAGCAAAUCACACACUUAUCACACCGCUGUCCUGCCAACCACAAACACCACCCCAUUACCGUCCCGUCUGAAGGUUUGUAUGAUGGGAUGUUGGCUCAUCAGAGACACAGAUGCAUGCUGGGAUGUCUGUGAACUCCUCUGAAGCCCAGCUCAGUGAUCCCGGAGCUGGAUUACUACGGUAAAUUUCUCCUCUUCCCCAAGAGACAUUCCGGUAAACAUCAGCAUUGACAUGUUUAUACACAUGAUUUGUUUUGUUUAGUGUCAGAAGCUUUUGUGCAUGUGAUAUGAGCGUGUGUGUGUGUGUGUGUGUGUGUGUGUGUGUGUGUGUGUGUGUGCGUGUGUGUGUGUGUGAGUGAGAGAGAAAGGAAGAGCAAAUGCGUUUGUUCAGAAUUAAAUCUCAUGGUGCGAGUAUUUCCUUCUAAGCAAAUCUUUUCCCAGACCUUUUCUCGUCCAAGUACAUCCAGGCCAAAAGAAUUGCCCUAUUUAUUAUGAAUAUAUACUGUUAAUUGUGCCUGUACAGUUCAGUACACAUGGAGACUCUGCAGAACCGUUCAUUUGCAAUUUAUUUUGGUCUGUUUUUGAUUCAUUUUAACUGUCAGUAUAGGCUUGAUUAUGCUGUAGACAAGAGUUAAUGCAACACUCCACUUUUUUUGGGGGGGGGGGGGGGGAUUGGCUCAUUUUACAACUUUCCUACAGUUAAACAGUUGAUAUUUACCAUUUUUAAAUCAAUUCAGAUUAAUUAUUCAGAUGAUUGCUGGGUCACUUUUAGUUUAGCUUAGCAAAAAUCAUUGGAUUGGAUUAGACCAUUAGCACCUCUCUCAGAAAAGGCCUAGAAAAUAGCAACUUUUUAGUGUCGUUUGGUCUUAGUACACAAAUGAACUACAGAAGAGUGAAGCUUUAAAUAAGAAAAAUAUCAGAACUCUUCUUGAAAUAUUUAAGCGAGAAGCUAAUGGUCUAAUCCGAUUCAGUGAUCUAUGCUAAGCUAAAAGUCCUCUCACCAGUCCCAGAGAUUGGCUGAAUAGAUUAAAACAAGGUAAAACUGAACUGUUUCACUUUAGGGGAGUUGUAAAAUGAGCCUAUUUCCAAAAUAAGAAGUGGAUUGUUGGUUUAAAUCAGCCAGCUUUUUGGGACGAGUCACGGUAUGCAACAUAGUGAGAUUGUACUUGGGGAAAAAUGCUAAAUUUGAUGUCUUGAUUCUGGGGGGAAAUCGUCUCCUGAUGUGUCUGACGAUACUUCAGUGUGUUCUGUAGGAAGAGUUGUGUUAUGGCCUUUUUUCUGCAUGUUCAGCUUGUCAGAGGAAAAACGGACAUGAUUACACAACGGUUUAUUUUCUUCUGUGUAUUUUGAUUUUAUUUAAUUGUUAUUAUUAUUAUUUUUUACUCCACCGCUGAAGAGCGCUGGCAGAGCGGAGGAAAAACUCAAGGUUUCUGCUAUAAAGCCAGUGAUGUGUACUUCAUAAGCACUGUUAGAUUGCGAACUAUUUGAUAUUUUAAUAUAAGAUUGAAAGGAAAUAGAAAAACUGGUGUAUUUGAUUUCUGUUGGAAAGAUAUUGAGGAUACUGUAUUAACAAGGGUAAAUGUUGAUGUGACCUUUUUUCUCCGUUUUUAGUAAAAGAAAUAAAAAUGUACCUUGAACA